CGCUUAGACAUGAAGAUCUUCUUGGUGGCAGCGUGUCUUUUUCUUGGACUCUUCGGAAGAUCGGCCUCGCUGCUGGAGGAGAACUGUGGAACAGCGCUGCGCAGCUCCAGAUUUCGGCGGUUAGUUGGAGGCCAUGAAGCCGUGAGCCUAGCGCAUCCAUGGAUGGUUAUGGUGCACAGAGAUUCCAUGUAUGUCUGCGGCGGUUCGCUCAUCACCUCCCGUUUUGUGCUGACAUCAGCACAAUGUCUCAAUGCCGGGAAGCCUAUGUAUGCACACGACUGCUGUAUUGCGAGCCCAUUUAAAGACUUAUUCUUGCCCAUCUGUCUGUCCGUCACUCAGCGCUUGGAGAGAGUUCAGAGCUACACCAUCACUGGCUGGGGUACCAAAGGCGACAAUGUGCUCGCCCGCAUCCUCCAAGAGACCACUUUGCUUGGCGACGAUCCUCUACUUUGCAAGAGUGAGACACACUAUCAAAUCGAUCAGUCGCAAAUAUGCACCAGUGGUCUGAACGGUGAUUCGUGCUACGGGGAUGCUGGAGGUCCACUGAGCGCGGACCUUUUCUACAAUGGAACUAAACGGGUUUUCCUGAUGGGAAUCCUCAGCUUCGGGAGUUUCGACUGUAAGGGCUAUUCGGUGUCCACAUAUGUGCCGCACUACAGGGACUGGAUCAAGGACACAAUUAAACAAAAUCUCAAUUAA